GUGUACAUUUACGUGGAUGCUGUUGUCAACCAUAUGCGUGGAGCUGCUGCUGGGUCUGGCCACCAUUCUACAUGCGGAAGCUACUUCGAUUCCAACAAGCGAGAUUUUCCCGCUGUACCGUAUUCUGCGUGGGAUUUCAAUGAUGGGAAAUGCAGAACCGCCAGCGGAGAGAUAGAAAAUUACAAUGAUCAUGACCAGGUCCGGAACUGUCGCCUUGUGAGUCUUCUUGAUCUUGCACUAGAGAAGGAUUAUGUGCGUUCCAAAGUUGCAGAGUACAUGAAUCACCUAAUUGACAUCGGUGUAGCUGGUUUUCGCAUUGAUGCUUCCAAGCACAUGUGGCCUGGGGAUAUGAAAGCCUUUUUGGACCAACUAAAACAUCUCAACACGAAAUGGUUUGCUGAAGGGACAAAGCCAUUCAUCUUCCAAGAGGUGAUUGAUCUAGGUGGGGAGUCCAUUUCAUCCAGUGAGUACUUUGGAAACGGACGAGUAACCGAGUUCAAAUACGGCGCCAAACUCGGGACAGUCAUUCGCAAGUGGCAUGGAGAAAAGAUGACUUAUUUGAAGAACUGGGGUGAAGCCUGGAGUUUUAUGCCUUCUGAUAAAGCUGUUGUCUUUGUGGACAAUCAUGAUAACCAGAGAAGUCACGGAGGUGGUGGAGCUUCUAUUUUGACCUUCUGGGAUUCCAGGCUCUAUAAAAUGGGAGUUGGCUUCAUGCUUGCGCAUCCAUAUGGCUUUACAAGGAUCAUGUCAAGUUUCAGAUGGCCAAGAUAUUUUCAAAAUGGAGAGGAUAUUAAUUCUUGGGUUGGUCCCCCAAGUUAUGAAGAUGGAUCAAUUAAGUCUGUAACAAUUAAUCCAGACACAACCUGUGGCAAUGGCUGGAUCUGUGAACAUCGGUGGCGUCAAAUAAGAAAUAUGGUUAUUUUCCGGAAUGUUGUGGAUGGGCAGCCAUUUACCAAUUGGUGGGACAACAACAGCAAUCAAGUGGCAUUCGGUCGUGGUAACCAAGGAUUUAUUGUCUUCAAUAAUGAUGACUGGAAUCUGAAUGCCACAUUGCAAACUGGCCUUCCCGAAGGAAUUUACUGUGAUAUUAUAUCUGGACAGAAGGAGGGUAAUAUCUGUACCGGAAUUAAAAUCCAUGUCCGUGGAGAUGGCACUGCUGAUUUUAACAUUAGCAAUUUCGCGGAGGAUCCAUUUGUUGCCAUUCACGCCAAAGCUAAAUUAUAAUCUCAGUAUGAGAAACACAGUUCAGCAAAUUUUGUUUUCCAAAGAAACGA